AUGGCCUCCCCGCGCCUGGCUGCCUUCUGCUGCCCCAAGCAGGACGCAGGCUCCCGGCUGCUGCUGGCCAUGCCCCCCCGUGCCUUCCAUGCCCUGCGCCUGGCCUGCGGGGCACUCAGCCUGGCCAUGAGGCUGCGAGGGCCCCCUCAGCGGAGUGCAGGGGACCUGGAACCCAGCCCCAGCCUCAGCCCCACCCACAUCCUGAGACACGCGGCCACCUGCGACACACUGGGUUGUCUGGGGUUGGUGCUGCAGUCGGCCGUGUGGCUGGGGUUCCCGGGCGCCAUGCCGGGCCUCGUGGAGGAUGGGGAGACCUGGGCAGGCGUGGGGCCUACGGCCUUCUGCGUUGCUAGUGCGUUGUGGAUCCAGCUGUUUUACGCCGCCUGCUUCUACUGGCUCUUCUGCUAUGCCCUGGACAGCUACCUGGUGGUGCGGAGGUCAUCCGGGGUCAGCACCAUCCUGGUCUACCGCCUGAUGUCCUGGGGCCUGGCCGGGCUGCUGUGUGCAGAGGGCGCCCUGGUGCUCUACUCCCCAUCCCUGAGCAGGUGUGAGGGGAGCACGAUGCAGGUGCUCCCCCUGCACCUGGCCACCUACCUGCCCCUUCUACUGGCCAUGCUGGGAAUCCCUGUACUCCGGCGGGGCACGCUCAGUGCGGUGGACUCUGCGAUCAAGGGCGGCCAGGGCGUCUACACCGCACGCGAACGCAAGGCGCAGGCCCUUGUGGGGAGACGACUUCUGCGCCCCGGGGUGGUGCUGGGCGCCUGCUGGGGGUGCAACCUGCUCAAUGAGGGGCUCCUCCUCUACCUGGACACACAGCCCAGCCUUGGCGAGCGCGCACACAGAGGCCUGCGGCAGGCGGCCACCACCACCUGGGUCAUGGCGAUUUCUAGGCACAAGUGA